AAAUUUACUUCAGCCAGAACCAACAUAACUCCCUGUCCAUCUUAUACAUAAACAGUUCAUCAAUGGAUUUCAAAAAAUUAAAAGAUAUUAUUUCAUUAUACACUAUUUGUCAAUAUCACAAUCUGAGAUUACAGACAACGUGAGCAGCAAACAGCAAAACCAAACAUGGAGCUUUGUGGCACAUUCAAAGUUUCACUUGGACCAGAUCAAUCACAGGUCACCACUUGGAACUUGGACAAACAAACAAACCAGACAUCAGCUCCCGUAAGUGAUGACCGCCGAUGUCACAGUUCUCGCAUGAACUGGCAUGACUGUGGAGAUGAGUCAGUCAGAAAAUCUACAAUCGUCAGAGGUGAGUGCAGCAGUGCCCCCUGUUGAAGCUGCUGCUUUUGCUUAUAUACCAGUGAAGAUAUUUUAAUACAGUGCUGCCUGUGUGAGGCAAAAAGGACAUUUACAUUAUCAUAUCAUUUGAAGUAAAAAUGGUGCAUUCAUAAACGUACGUUGUUAAACAGGCCUUGUCCAAAACUGCUUAAAAACAAAGAAAUUACUAGAAGAAUGACUUAAGCACCUAAAAGGUUUCAUCAAAACUCUUUUAUGGAUCAUCUCUGCUGAUGUAGCUGUCCAGCUUACCUCCAGGUCAGCAAAUCAGGGCUCUCUUCCAGCUCUCUUUGCAAGCCUACGCAAUGCGGACACUCAGUUGGGCACCUUGCCAACUAGGAUCAUUCAAAUUGAAUUUAGUGGAAAGUUAAGUUCUUUUUUUUGGUGAGUAAUUAAGUUCUUUCCUUUCUUUUUCAGGCUUUGAGAUGGAAAUGAACUGAGUUUGCCAUUCAUUGUUGUGUCUCCAUUGCCCGCAAACAAACUUGGCCAAUUCAUUACGAAUAAUUUGCUGUGGCCAGAGCAAGUUUAUGGCUUCAGAUCAUGUUCUUUUACAGUGUAACUAUGAUCUGUUGACCAUUAUACUGUCAAGCAUUGCCUCAGUGAAAAUAUACAUUUAGCAAUUCUCUUACUAAUGCAUAUUGGAUAAAUGUCUAAACAUCAAAGAGCAGUGGUGAAUUUUCAACAUUGAUGUUGACAUGGUGAAACGCGUACAUUGUGUGAGAGAGAAAGUUCAUAUGCAUGUGUGUGUGUGUAUGGUCAGUCAUGUACUGGCCUCCUGUGGGAACAUUCAUCUGGUUUCUCUUUAACUAAUUGGAAGAGAGGGAGGAGGUCAGAGGGAUGAGAGGAGGAGGCAGAGAUGGAGAAAGACAGACUGUGUGAGAGGAGGGACGAAUGGGAGAGGUUUAAUUGAAUGAAACCCUCUCAGAGGCUGUAAACAAGGAUGAAAUUUAAAACAUGGAUCAUUCCUUAUUCAGUCCCUCUGAGGGACUCAGUUUCCUCUCUGUCUUGUCUUUUCAGAGCAUCACCUGCUAAAGCCAACAUCCUGUACCCCAUCUUCAAUUUAAGCAAAGCGAAAGCCAUAUCAAUCUGUAUCACCUAAACUGAUUAGCAGUGGUUGGAUAGAGCAGCAUGCAUGCGGACGGUAUAUUCAGGGCAGCCUCACCCCACUCCCCCACCCUCACUCCCUAUUCAACCCUAGCACACACAGCAUAUUCCUGAUGAAGCAUCCUGCUGUUUAAACUCUCGCUGAUCUGUCUCUCUGCGAGCCCUAAAUCAACCUUAUGGGCCAUUUUAGAAAUUGCUACCAUUAAGAACUGCAUACAUACACUUUUCCCUCCAUUUGUGCUAAGAAAAGCAGGUCAUGCUCACAUGCAUCCAUGGCUUCUGCUGAUGCUUUAAUAUGAAAUUAUAUAGAUGCCAUUAUAUCAACAGGAAGCUCCCUUGUUAUUAAAUUAUAAUGUCAUAUUUAUCAGAAUAAUUUGUCGAGAUGAGUUUCUGAAAUUAAAUUUAAUUUGUCAACAAAGUCUGUUUUCUUUUAUGUUAACCUUAUUUACUUAUCUCAAAAGAAAAGUUCAAAAUCUCGAGAAAGUUUACCUGCUUUCUUAUAGAGAGUGAGAAGACUGAUAUCACUAUCAUGUAGAUAAAUAUACCACGAGCAGACAAUUAGCUUAGCUUAGCUCAAAGACUGGAAACAAAGGAAAACAGCCUAGCAUGCAUGGCUCUGUCGAAUGAGCCGAUCAGCAUCUCUGAAGCCAAGUAACUAACAUGUCGUACCUGGUUUGCUUUUAUUUUGGAUAAAAUGUAUUCAGAAUUUUAUAUGUGCUGGUAGAUAAUUUUUUGUUGGUCAGAUGGUUUGUGUGUGUGUGUGUGUGUGUGUGUGUGAUCAACCUGUUAACUCAUUUGAUGCUUUUAUCCUUUGUUUACAAUUUUAAUUUGAUAAAUAUUCAACUUAAUUUCACAACUAUUGAUGUUUAGAGGCCCUGACAUCCUUUUUUAAUCUAUCAGCCUUUUAUCCUGAGUGAAAGAAUCCUACAUGAACACAAUGUUUUUGUCAAAGGCUCAGUGAUUUUGGUUAUUUUACGAGUCAGAUUUUCAGUUUUAGCGUUUUCUUCUGCGCUCUUUCGCUGGUUUGAAGCGGGCAGGGCUCCACUGGAAAAAAGUGACAUCAUGAGAUUGUUUGCUUGUGUUGCCAGACAACAAUCAAUCUGUCAGUCAAUUCAAACCACACCCACACAGUCCUGAGGAAGCAGAUUAGCUAAGUUUUCAGUUUACAGGGAUAUUUAUUUCUGAACUUUUUAUCGUUGUUAAAGAUGUAUAUGUUGCAGAGAAAUAUGUAAUAUUUGAAACAUUCAAAAAGGUUUUCCUUAUAAAGGAAUGGAAAAUAGUACACCUCUGUGUUGCCCACCUGUCAUGCUUUGUACUGAAACACAAUGAGGGAAGAACACUGCAACACGCCUCGAAGAUGGACAUGAGAGAAUUAUUUUAAAAUAUCCCUGAUCGAGUUACAGGGGAUCAUUUUCAUGUAACACUUUUGUAAUGAUAAUACCUGAGGCUUAAGUAAUAAAGGAAGGAGUAAAAUCUGCCUCUUGUCAGCGUUUACGAUGAGAUGCACUUGCAUGAUUGGACGUCCUGCGAUCGAUGCAGCCUUUUCUCCCAAUCAUUAAGACUGCUCUUAACAGAUUACAGCCCCCUCUUAAACACGCACAGUCUUACCUCCUCCUGCUCCUCCUCUUCCAGCUCCCCCUUCUGCCUCACAUACUCUGCAGACAGAGCAGGAGAUUCUUCUGCUCUUCUGUAGCUCUCUCUUUCAAUUUCAACCUUUUCAGAGAAUUUCCUUAAGCUACAGCUUUCAGUUUAUCUAUGCUCACUUGAGCUCUGCUGAUGAGCAUGCAGUGGGAUGAAAAAAACUAAACUAAAAUCAAAGAGGUGGUGGUGAACUGACUACAACUGCCAAAGAUGGACCUGCUCACAAUCUUCUGUCACCUCAUGCUUUUAUGUUUUGAUCCAUCUGCACCCACAAGCCUCAUUACGGCGGAUAUAUUUGAAGCCAGAGGUCAACGUGUGUGCAAGGCAGGAAAAGGGAAGCCGUGUUACAAGUUAGCCUACUUCUCUGAGCUCCGGCGGAGGCUGAACUUCGCAGAGGCAGAGCUCGCCUGUAAACGGGAUGGAGGACAGCUGCUGAGUGUGGAGUCGGCAUCUGAGCAGAAGAUCAUUGAGCAGCUCAUCACAGAACUCCGCCCAACUGAUGGAGAUUUCUGGAUUGGUCUCCGCCGGAACCACGGAGAUGAAGACAGCAGCUCAGACUGCUCUCCUCAGUACUACUGGCUGGACGGCAGCAGGUCCACAUUUAGGAACUGGCACUGGGAUGAGCCGUCGUGCGGCUAUGAGGUGUGUGUGGUGAUGUAUCACCAGCCGUCUGCUCCUCCUGGUCUCGGGGGGCUCUACAUGUUCCAGUGGAACGAUGACAACUGCGAGACCAAGAACAACUUCAUCUGCAAAUACACUGCAGAGAAAUCACUGGACCCUUCCCCUAUUCCCAAUUCCACUCAAACAAAUGUCUUCCCUUCAUCUGUGCUGCCGUGGAAUCCAAGUGACCGCAACCAGGGCACAAGUACAGCUCUGAAUCUGGUUUACAUCAUCAUUCCCACCAUUCCUCUGCUACUGCUGUUACUGACAGUGACUGGAGUCUGCUGCUUCAAACUGCUUGUCAGACGAAAGAGAAAAGAGCAGAAAUCAGAAGUGUGCCAGACGGACCUGGGCCUCAACCCCAGUACCACUCCAACUGAUGUGUACAACGUCAUUCGCUCCCAGAAGGACGAUGACCUGGUUUCAGCUCGCCCACACACCAAAAACACCUCCUUUUUAUGCUCCUCCCCUGACACACCAACAGGUGACUAUGACAACCUGGGGGGUCGGGACACAGAGAGUGGCUUUGUGACGCUUGCCAGUACUGAGAGCUGCUUCCUAAACUUUGACCUGAACGACCUCAGCCUUGGGCGCCGUGGCACCUUCUACGACACAAGUUUGGGUCGCUCAGGAAAGAGGGACUUGAAUGACAGUAGUCUUGGUUCCGCUGGGCACAGAGAGUUUUAUGACAGGAGCCUCGGCCGUCGCACAACAAAGAGUGAGCAUUAUGGCAGCAGUGUGUAUGGGGACCAUGGAUUGUAUGACGGCACCAUCAUAGGAGGAAGUGACCUCUAUGAUCCCAAAAUGAGGCAGACUGGAAGUCGCACAGCAAAGGCCGACCUCUAUCAGACAUACAUCACCAACGGCAAGGAGAACACUUAUCAAACCAACCUGGGAACCUACGGAAAUAGAAAAUCCUACCAAGCAAAUCUAGACUGCCACACAAACGGCCUGACUCUUGAUGGCAGAAGGAGAUACUUCAAUGAACAAGAAUGGAUCAACAGAGAAAACUACUGAUCCUGAGACUGGCUCAUUUAUUGUGUUUAUGCCAAUGUUGAGUGAAUGUAGACCAGGAUGAGAGAGGGAAAAAAAACUUACGUACCUGUUUGUACACUACGUUUCUGCAGUUUUUAAGGGGAUGAAAACCAGGUGAGGACAUGCAAUUUGUGUUCUGUCGCUGGCCAAAUAAUUCAUCUUGGAGCCCGUUGGUACGCUGGGCUUGUGUGGCAAUUAGUUUGUGGUAAUCUGACACAAUUUGGCUUAGAAAUAUGAACUUGAAACUAAAGGAUCUGUUUAACCAAAUUAAAAUCAGCAUUUUCUUGCUUAUCUUUAAUCAUGUCUGGCAAUGCAGAUAGUUUUGUGUUUCCCUGAGAUUUCUGCCUCCACCCCAGUUUAACUGGGGUGAAUAAAAUUUUAUUUAUGGCGCUCACGGUAUUUGAGAGUUACAUUUGAAUAAUUCAACAGCAACCUAUGUUUCCAGAGACAAAAUCCUGGCUAUAGUAACUGCUUUGUACUUAAGAGUCUGUGGAUUAUCGGGAUGCUGUUUCUAAACAGAUGAACUACUGUUAACACACAAACUAUGAGCAUGGUUACAUGCUCCACCACAACAGGCAAGUGAGGAAUAACUAUUCCCGCAGUGUGGGUGAACCAACACUUGAGUCUUGAGAUUUGAUACUAAAGGGAAACCACCAAUUUUACAGAUCUGAUUAAAAGUCCUGGAGAGUUCAGCUGCUAAAGUGAAAAAAGUUGUAUAAAGCAUUUUAUGGCUGCAGAGGGAGCUGCAUGAAAUCUGAUAUAUACGUCACUUGUCCUGAAUCUGAGCCCAAACUGUUGUGGGUUGAACGUGUGG